AUGGCAGGGGUAGCAAAGGAGGCCGUUGUGCCUAUCGAGGCCGUUCUCCUGGGAAUGGCCAUUGUCCUUGUCUUCGCACGCUUAUGGCUUCGUCUGGUGCGACAGCAUCAGAAGCUGACUAUAAGCGAUUGGAUUCUUAUAAUUUCAUUGCUUGAUGCUUCCGCGCUGUUCGCGACCGAUACUAUGGCGUACAACCUCGGCGGAAUGGACGAAUACGAUACCGACGCCCCCGAGGCUCCUAUUGACAAGCAGAUCUUGUUGAUGAAAGUCACAUUUGCCGGAAACUACUUUUACGACACUGGAAUAUACUUCCCUAAAAUUGCGUUGCUCGCCUUCUACUUCAAGCUGAUUCCGCCGACAAUGCCGAUUCUUCGGAAGGCGCUCUACGGCGUGAGCGCCCUGACGAUUUCUUUCGCAGUGACAACUUUCUUUCUGGAUACAUUCUGGUGUGGUCCUGACGUCUCUAUCAACUGGGAUAUAGAGGGAAACUGCAGUACUUAUGACUCGAAAGAUGUUUUCCGUAUCGAUUGGGCCAUGAACUUUGUGACAGAUGUGUUAAUUUUCACCAUUCCAUUCCCGCUACUCUUCGGCCUACAACUCAGCGGCAGAUACAUCAUUGGACUCGCCGCCACAUUUUCGACGGGCAUCAUUACGAUAGGGGCCAGCAUUGGAAGAUUCGCUACUGUGGAAGCCAUCAACGCAUGGACGAACGUCUAUGUGCUCUCAAUGACCGAAAUCGCCGCUGCAAUCAUUGUCGUGUCUCUUCCUGCCUUGAAGUCACUUCUUCAUCGCCGAGGGCUGGCUACCUCAAAGUAUGGGACCGGGCAGACAGGGUCAGUAGGGCGGGCAUUUGACAAACAACCAACGAAUUUCAGUCGCAGUCACAUCAAGCUGUCCUCGGGAAGGGAGCCGUAUGUGGCAACAGCGAGAGCAGUUUCUGAGGAGGACUCAGGGAUCGAGGUGGAGCUGAACAAUCUCGAGGGAUCGAAUGUGAUCUGCAAAUCCGCUCGAGUGAGCGUGACAUAUCAACGUCGUGAGGAUGUGAACAGGGAUUCGAGUCGCCCGGUGUUCGGUUAG